AUGUUUUCCCUUCAGCCUUAUUACAAUUGGCAAUCUACAGGCUACAACGCUACCCUUGCGAUCUUUUAUUUUCCUCGCGACAAGGUCGAUCUGCUAAGAGCUCUCAAGGUCAACCCCAACUCUGCUCUCUACAACCAGGCCAGUGAAUUAAUCCAGUCACUGAUGUCCAAAGUCGACCCAACAAUUCCCCUCGAGUUCUAUGGUAACUACCCCAGUGGAGUUGGUGACUCAACUGGCAGUGGCAGCGAUGGCGAUAGUGAGGGUGGUAGUGAUGGUCGUUCAGAUGGUGGCACCACCAACAACGAUGGUUCUGCCAGCAGUAUCAAGACUAAUCCCAGCUCGAUUGGAAUUGGUGUUGGUGUUGUGGCCAGUGCCGCUGCUUACGGUGCUGGUAUGUUCUGGGUUGCCCGCCGUUACCGCAAGAGAAAGCAGCCCUACCAGCACUCUCACUCGAAUAGCAAGCACGUGAACCAGGGUAUUCCCGUCCCCGGUCCGAUACUCGCUACUGGUGGCCGUGCCACCACUUAG